ACCAGCGUCUGCAAGUACACAAAGGAACUGCUGAGUUAUGUAAAAGCCGGUUUCAUCCCUUGGUCAUUAUGGGGCAGUGUCAUAGUCUACACUGAGAACAGUGAAUUUCAUCUCAGGAACGAGAUCUAUAGUGGCAAGGCGGUAACCGCACAGCAUAAAGAACUCCCUAAGAGCAUGGAGUGAAUAUCCUACUCAUCAUCCUUGAAUUAGUAGCCAGCCCAAGCAUUGCCGUGUACUUUGCAAUAUCCGAAUGUGGGUCCGUUCAGUUGGAACACGACUUCAAAGCCUUCUGACGAAGGUGGAGAUAAGAUUACCCGAAUGAUAUAACGCGGAUAAAUAAAAGGAAUGAAGUUGGGAUCAGAAAUUAGUUGCAUUGGUGGUGUGGGUAACCAAAGCUGGGUGCGCGUAAAGAUAUUGGUAAGGACAAUCUCAUGCGUGGCAUCUGAUGCAGUGAUAAGGAACUCAUUUGAGGUGAGGAGAUUUCCGAGUUGAUCCAACUGUCCUAUCUUUCAAUUCGCUUAUUGAAUUUGUGGGCAAGGACGCAUAUCUUCAGCUGAGGAAAUCUUCAGUGGGCUAAGAGAUCCAGGGUUAAUCCCUGAUGUGGUCACAUAUAGAAUAUGAAAAUAUCAGGAUGCUGCGGCGAUUCCGCUAGAGCUUUUGAGCUGCAUGAAGAAAUGUCAAGUUGCUCCUCAGAAAAUUAGUAGAAUAGUUUCAUUGGCCUUCGUCAAUGGGACAAACGCUCCAGUGUAUGCGUUACAGUUACUGGGAAGCUAGCAUUUUUGCUUGUCAUGGAAUCAAGUCUAUUUGUUCGAAUGUUCUUUUUUUGGAAAAACCAACCACAAAAAAAGUCUCCCUUUCUCUUGGAGCAGAGCUUCAUCAUAAAAGUGGAGAGUCACAAUGAGAUUUAGUGGAAUGGAUAUGAAGGGUAUAAAUAUGCUAUUUGCUGCUAUUCCAUCUAUUUGUGCAUCAAGUCCGAAGAAGAUCUCAAUCUAUAAUGAAGAAAUGAUAGUAGCUCGUUGUUUUAUAGGCUUUCUCAUAUUAAGUCGGAAGAGUUUAGGUAAGACUUUCAAAGAAACUCUCGACGGGAGAAUCGAGUCUAUUCAGGAAUCAUUGCAGCAAUUCUUCAAUCCUAACGAAGUCAUUCUGGAGGAAUCCAAUGAACAACAACGAUUACUUAAUCUACGGAUCAGCUUGCGAAUUUGCAGCACCGUAAAAGUAGUAGAAUCAUUACCAGCGGCACGCUGUGCGCCUAAGUGCGAAAAGACAGUGCAAGCUUUGUUAUGCCGAAACCUAAAUGUCAAGUCAGCAACACUUCUAAAUGCCACUUCUUCCCGUCGCAUCCGUCUUCAGGACGAUAUAGUCACAGGUUUUCACUUUUCAGUGAGUGAAAGAUUAGUAUCCGGGUCUACAACUUUGGUAGAAGCUUCUACCGUAGAACAAAUUCGAGAGGCCUUCUUAUUAGAACCCAGAGACCUAAUUCGAGAAGGCUUUAUAGUCCUCAGAAAGGUGAGGGUGGGGGGUAUCCCCGGGAAGAGAUCCUGUGGAGACGGGGUGGGCCUGUAG